AGCGGGGUGCGCUCAUCUCCUUACGCGGCGGUAAGGCGACACCGAGGGAUCCGCGGCGUCUCGCGCCAGUCGCACCACAGCACGCGUCGACUCGACAUAUUUUCAUCAAGGGGAGUAGAAACAAAAAACCGCCACCAUGGACGCGAUCAAAAAGAAAAUGCAGGCGAUGAGGCUGGAGAAGGACAACGCGCUUGACCGCGCCGCCAUGUGCGAGCAGCAGGCCAAGGACGCUAACCUUCGCGCUGAGAAGGCAGAAGAAGAGGCCAGACAGCUCCAGAAGAAGAUUCAGACCAUUGAAAACGACCUCGACCAAACACAGGAAGCUCUCAUGCAAGUCAAUGCCAAGCUCGAGGAGAAGGAGAAGGCACUACAGAACGCCGAAUCCGAAGUUGCUGCGCUCAACCGUCGCAUCCAAUUGCUCGAAGAGGACUUGGAGAGGUCUGAGGAGCGUCUCGCGACCGCGACCGCUAAGCUCGCGGAGGCCAGCCAGGCUGCCGAUGAGUCGGAACGCGCCCGCAAGGUCCUGGAGAACAGGUCGUUGGCUGAUGAGGAGCGUAUGGAUGCCCUGGAGAAUCAGUUGAAGGAGGCCAGGUUCCUGGCUGAAGAAGCCGACAAGAAAUACGAUGAGGUGGCUCGUAAGCUGGCCAUGGUUGAGGCUGACUUGGAACGUGCAGAGGAACGUGCCGAGGCCGGUGAAUCCAAAAUCGUCGAGCUUGAAGAAGAGCUCCGCGUUGUCGGCAACAACCUGAAAUCCCUGGAAGUCUCCGAGGAAAAGGCCAACCAACGUGAGGAGGAGUACAAAAAUCAGAUCAAAACCCUCACCACCCGUCUAAAGGAGGCUGAAGCUCGUGCUGAAUUUGCCGAGCGCUCUGUCCAGAAACUCCAGAAGGAGGUCGACAGGCUUGAAGAUGACCUGAUCAACGCGAAGGAGCAGUUCAACGACAUCGGGGACGACAUCGAUGACACUGUCGUGGAACUGAUCCCCGGUGUCGACAUGACGGAGAAGCAGAUAGAGGCGGCGAGGAGGGCUCUGGAGAAGAAGAAGAACGCACCCCAGCCACCCCCUAAGGAACCCACUCCGCCCCCACCACCCAAGGAGCCCACUCCGCCCCCACCACCCCCACCAAAAGAGCCUACACCUCCACCCGCGCCGGCUGAACCUGCCCCGGAACCCGCCCCAGCCGAACCCGCCCCAGCUGAACCCGCCCCAGCUGAACCCGCCCCGGCUGAAUCGGCCCCUGCCGAAUCCGCUCCGGCUGAACAACCCCCAGCCGAACCCGCCCCCGAAGCCGCUCCGGCUGAAUAAUACGUCAAAAUCUCCCAUUUCUAUCUAACAGUGAUAUACGCUUUGACACAAAAAAGGGAACCCGUCUAAAUUAAAUACCGAUCUAAAUAAAUGAUGUAUAGGCUAAAUAUAAACAUGUAAAUAAAUCUUUACAACUUAGCUGGUGGAA